AUGUGCCCAACGGGUACUUUCGCCCCGAACCGUUUGGUCAGUCCAGCGCCACCUCGCAUAGGUGCACAGUAUCAACGCUUGCUAACAGAUCAACCAUACCUAGCUGACAAGCAUGCAAGUGAGGCUGAAGUAUCGGACUGGUUGAAUCAUGAGCACCAAACUAUAUGCCAACCCUGUCCCAGCAACACGUACAGCGAAGAAAAGGGUCGAGUUGUUUGCCUUCCUUGUCCUGUGUGGCAUAUGAUGCCUGCAGACCCUGAGGGGGAGAGACCUUCUGUGACCGGUUCCGACUGGCUGCAUGAAGCUUGCCCUCGGGAAGGACGAGCCGAAGUUCGCCUAGUUCAAGUGGCUGAGGGAAUGCUUGGAAGACGAUUUGCUAAAUGGGUUCACAAUUCCAGCCCGUUAACUCGAGUUGGAACAUUAGUAAUAGUUACUUUGAUUCCAUUAUUUUUGGCUGUGAUAUUGCUGUUUAUUGCCUAUGUGCUGAUUGAUGUGGGUGCAACUUUGGUGAAAAUGGCCAAAAAGAUGCAUCCAUUGCAGGUGCAGCUGGCCGAGACAACCACAGCAACGGCACAAUUCAAGGCUGAACAACGCCGAGCAGCAGCGGAGGCGUACGCUCGGAUGAAAGGUAACUGA